AUGAAUGAAUCUCUCUCAGAGCCUCAUCCCAAAUUAGCUUCUUGGAAGCCAGAUACAGAUUGUUGUUCCUGGGAAGGUAUCACCUGUGACAAUGCCACAGGCCAUGUUAUCACCCUCGACCUCAGCAAUGGCUAUCUUCAAGGCACUAUUCAUUCCAACAGCAGUCUAGUCAAGCUUCACACACUGCUGAGCCUCGAUCUCUCCGGGAACAUCUUUCUCACUUACAAUUUUUCUUCUGAGAAUGGUGAACAUCUUUCUGGGUAUUCCCAGGUUUCAAGUCUGACCUAUCUUAAUCUUUCUAACACACGAUUCUCUAGCCAAGUCCCUCUUCAAAUGUCACGCCUCGCAAAAUUGGUCUCUCUCGAUCUCUCUUUCAACAUGGGGUGGCUCAAACUUGAAAGUCCGAACCUGGAAAGGCUGAUCCAAAACAUGUCUAGCUUGAGACUACUCUAUCUGGAUGAGGUUGACAUGUCUACACACAACAGCAACUGGUGCGAUGCUUUAUCCUCUGCUGUCCCUAAUCUCGUUGUGCUAAGCUUAUCACUUCCAACUCUACAGAAGAUUGAUGUGUCCCAAAACCCUGACCUCCUUGGCUCCUUACCAGAAUUCCCUCAUCAUAAUGCCCUUAGGAAUUUGGGGAUCAGAGGUACAGGCUUUCAUGGGAAAAUACCAGAAUCAAUAGGCAGUCUUGAAUUGUUGAUUGACUUAGAUCUUAAUGAUCUUAAUUUCAGUGGUCCUAUCCCAAACUCAAUUGGCGGCCUUGGAAAGCUACAGAAUUUGGACCUUUCAUCGAACCAUUUCAAAGGGAUAGGUAAGCUUGUACAGCUGAAAAGUUUGGACCUCUCGUCAAACCAUUUUCAUGGAUCAAUCCCAAGUUCAAUUGGCAACCUCAGGCAGCUGCAGAGUUUGGACCUCUCAUCUAACAAUUUCUCAGGAAAAAUCCCACAUUCCAUUGUCAACCUCACAAAACUUGAAACUAUGGACCUUUCAUCAAACCAUUUCAGUGAAUCAAUUCCAUCUCUGAUUCUACCAAACAAGAUGAUUACUAGUUUGUCUCCAGACAGCGAUCUUGUAUUAGAUCUUCACGAGAACCGACUCCAAGCUCUGCCUACCCAGCUUCCUUACAAGCCUUCCCCAUUUUUGAAGGAGCUAGAUCUUAGUGAUAACGUGUUGCAGGGCCCUAUUCCAAGAUGGAUUGCUCAACUCACGAGUCUAGAAGUCAUUUAUCUUUCUUCCAAUGACUUCAAAGGUAGCAUGGACUUGGACAUGUUCUCAAACUUGACCACUCCUCGUUAUCUUGAUCUAUCUGAUAAUCACUGCCUUUUCCAAAUGCUUCUACACCUCUAUAUAUAUUUGCUUUUUCUGGACCUUCACUCUAACAACAUACAAGGUCCUCCAGUUUUUCCCCAAGAUGCUCAUUUUCUGGAUUACUCAAAUAAUAGUUUCACAUCGAUCAUCCCUGCUGACAUUGGUUCAUACCUCUACAAUGCAGCCUUCUUUACAGUUGCAGGCAAUAAGUUCCAUGGAGAAAUUCCUACAUCAAUUUGCAGUGAAAUUGUACUUGAAGUCCUUGAUCUAUCCAAUAACAAUUUGGAUGGCACAAUACCAAGCUGUCUAGGUAACUUCAGCAGUUCUCUGUCAGUACUAAAUCUAGGUGGGAAUGGUUUGAAGGGAGCCAUGCCUCGGGUUUAUGCAGAAUCAUUAACUAUACUUGUGUUCAACGGAAAUCAAUUAGAAGGAAAGGUGCCGAGCUCUUUGUAUGGUUGUCAAAAAUUGGAGGUUUUAGACCUGGUUAACAACCAGAUAAAUGAUAUUUUUCCGUUCAGGUUGGAGAAUGUACAACAACUGCAAGUUCUCAUCCUGCACUCCAAUAGGUUCUAUGGCCAGAUUAAACAUCCCCGGAUGAGGAAUGCUUUUCCAAUGCUUCAUGUGAUUGACCUAUCUUCCAAUGCCUUCGCAAGCCAGUUGCCCUCUGCGUACUUCCACACUUGGAAAGCAAUGAUGAAAGAGGAAGAUGAAAAUUCCGGACCAAAUUACCUUGAAGUCAAAAGGGGUUAUUAUGAGUUUCAGAGCUCAAUGAAGAUAACAAUGAAAGGAGGAGAGUUUCAACUAGAAAGGAUUCUAGAUGUUUUCACAAGUAUUGAUCCCUCCAAUCAUCAAUUGGAAGCGAAAAUCCCAGAGUCCAUAGGAGAGUUUAAUUCAUUGCAUAACCUGGACUUGUCUAGUAACAACCUUGAUGGCCCUAUACCAUCAUCACUGGAGAAUGCUUACCAGCUUGAGUCAUUGGCUCUCUCAAACAACAAGCUAUCAGGGGAGAUUCCUGUGCAGUUAACAAGUCUAACAUUCCAUUCCUUCUUGGACUUGGCAGGAAACAACCUCGAAGGAGCCAUACCUAGCGGAGGUCAAUUCAACACAUUUCCUCUAAAAUCAUACGAGGGGAACCCAAUGUUAUGCGGAUUUCCAUUAUCCAGGAAAUGCAGAGUCGAUGAGGAAGCAGAGGCAUCAACUCAUGAACGACUCUUGGACUCUGAUCCGAGAAUUGAAUUUGAUUGGACAGUGGCAUGGAUGGGAUACGGGUGUGGGGUGGUGGCAGGGUUGAGUAUUGGCUUCAUUCUAUUCUGGGGGAAUGGAAUCUUCGCCCAAACCAUUCCAAUAAACAGGCAGCAUCCUCAAUCAACAAGGAGGCGAAGGAGGAGGAUUUAA